AUGUUCGCCCGACUCCCUCCCCUCCUCCUGUUCUCGCAGCUUGUCCUCCUCGCCCGUGCGCUUCCCGAGCUGCAUAUCAAACACAGGAUCCUCCACCCGUCCCUCCCCGCCGCGCCUUUCGUAGACCGUGCCACUGUCCUGCUGACGGGCUCUGGGCCCACCGCCGCCGCCCGCCUCGUCCCCUCCGAGACUCUCACUGAUGACCUCCGCGAAUAUCUCGAAAUGGCCGAGGGCCUCAAGGACGCGUUAUACCAGGUCGCGCUAGAGCACCCAGGCGGCCCUGAGCAGGCCCAGUUGGCCUCCUCUUCCGUCCUCGCUUGCCAUCUGCCGUACAGCACCUCCGAGUCGUUCACACUCCACCUCGACCAGAACGGCACCCCGUUCAGCCUCGACUAUUUCGUAGGGCCCAUUCCGCACAACGGCGCGUGCCCGAAGAGGUCGCGCAAGGCCAGCGCGCAGUCCAGCCACGCCCAGGUCACGCUUAUCGCCAACACGACCGUUGCACUUCGAUCCCCGAGUUUCCCGCCUCUCCCGCAACUACGCGUACCGCCCCCCGUGACGGCCGAGGGCAAGCCCGUCGAAGCGCCGCGCGAGAAGUCGUUUAUCGAGAAGUACUGGAUGUACAUCGCCAUCGCGCUUGUGGCCAUGAUUGCCGCACCGGCGCCGGCUGCUGAGGAGGGAGCGGGAGGCCGCGACCAGGGGUCUGGGGGACGUCGGUAGCUUGUGCGCCGCGUACUCGGGACAGAGGUGCCUGCUGCUGUGCGCCGGACGCUGCUGCGUGUGCAUGCCGCCGGGCGCGACGGGCUCGUGAAUAACGAUCGGUGGCUGUUUCGGCGUGCCGCGAACGCAGCUGGACGCACCCAGGCCGGCCUCGGAGGGCUUUUGUACGUGUCGCGUGUGCCGUUUGCAACAUGUUUGGCAUCUGCGAACCCG